AUGGCCGGGCGGAGUUGCAGCUGGGGCCUGGGCCACCUGAACGAGGACAACGCGCGCUUCCUGCUGCUAGCCGCGCUCAUCGUGCUCUACCUGCUGGGCGGCGCCGCCGUCUUCUCGGCGCUGGAGCUGGCGCACGAGCGACAGGCCAGGCAGCGCUGGGAGGAGCGCCUGGCCAACUUCAGCCGCGGCCACAAUCUGAGCCGCGACGAGCUGCGCGGCUUCCUCCGCCACUAUGAGGAGGCCAGCAGGGCCGGCAUCCGAGUGGACAACGUCCGCCCGCGCUGGGACUUCACUGGCGCCUUCUACUUCGUGGGUACCGUUGUGUCCACCAUAGGGUUUGGGAUGACGACCCCAGCGACAGUCGGAGGAAAAAUCUUUCUGAUUUUUUACGGCCUCGUUGGGUGUUCAAGCACCAUCUUGUUCUUCAACCUCUUCCUGGAGCGCCUCAUCACUGUCAUCGCCUAUAUCAUGAAAUCGUGCCACCAGCGGCAGCUGCGGCGACGCGGGGCGCUGCCCCCGGACAGCCUGAAGGGCGCGGGGAAGUGCGAGGUGGACAGCCUGGCGGGCUGGAAGCCCUCGGUGUACUACGUCAUGCUGAUUCUGUGCACGGCCUCGGUGCUCAUCUCCUGCUGCGCCUCCGCCAUGUACACCCCCAUCGAGGGCUGGAGCUACUUCGACUCGCUCUACUUCUGCUUUGUGGCUUUCAGCACCAUCGGCUUCGGGGACCUGGUCAGCAGCCAGAACGCCCAUUAUGAGCGUCAGGGCCUCUACCGCUUCGCCAACUUCGUCUUCAUCCUCAUGGGCGUCUGCUGCAUCUACUCCUUGUUCAACGUCAUCUCCAUCCUCAUCAAACAGUCGGUGAACUGGAUCCUGCGGAAGAUGGACGGCGGGUGCUGCCCGCGGUGCGGAAGGAGGGUCCUGCGGUCGCGGCGGAACGCGGUAAUGCCGGGCACAGUGCGCACGCGCUGCGACGUCUCCAUAGAAACGGACGCGGUGGCGGAGAGCGAGGCGGACGCGCGCCGCCUCUCGGGUGAGAUGAUCUCGGUCAAGGACUUCCUGGCGGCCAACAAGGUGUCGCUGGCCAUCCUGCAGAAGCAGCUGUCGGAAACGGCCAAUGGCUGCCCGCACCAGACCAGCGCGCUGACCCGGGACGACGAGUUCUCAGGGGGCGUAGGAGCCUUCGCAAUAAUGAACAACAGGUUGGCAGAGACGAGCGGGGACAGGUAG